AUGACUAAAGUACCUCGUAGUAUCGUGAAUCUCUUAUCCGAUACUGUGACCCAACCCACUGCCAUCAUGCGGCAAGUAAUUGCAGUUGCCGACGUGGGCGAUGAUGUGUUUGGUACAGACCCAUCUGUUAAGCAACUUGAAAAGGUGGCAGCUCAACGUCUUGGCAAACAGGCAGCGCUUUACGUACCUUCUGGCACCAUGUCAAAUCUUAUCGCCAUUGGUGCGCAUUGUCGACGUGGAGAUGAGGUCAUUUGUGGAAAUCAAGCGCACAUUUUUCAGUACGAAGGUGGUGGAGCUAACGCGUAUAUGGGAGUGAGCUUGCACACAGUACCCAACCAGCUGGAUGGUACGCUUCAUAUCAAGGACAUUAACCAGGCCAUUCGAAGCAACGACCCACAUUACCCACGCUCUCGACUUGUCACGGUUGAGAACACGCAUAACUUGUGUGGCGGUCGUGUCUUGCCUCUCUCAUAUGUCCGCAAUGUCGAGCAGUUCUGUAAAGAGCGCAGCCUCCGCCUUCAUGUUGAUGGUGCACGACUGGCAAACGCAAGCGUGGCGUCUGGGAUUCCAAUGAACGAGUUGGUUAGUGGUGCUCACUCGGUCUCACUUUGUCUCAGUAAGGGAUUGGGUGCUCCCGUAGGUUCUAUCCUGGCAGGCUCGGAAGAGUUUAUUCAUCACGCCACACGACUUCGCAAGUCGCUUGGCGGAGGGAUGCGGCAGGCGGGAAUUAUUGCAUCGGCGGGGCUUUACGCUCUCGAGAACCAGUUUGAUCGCCUCGCCGAAGAUCACGUUCAUGCGCAGGCGCUUGCUCAUGGUAUCUCGUCGAUCGCAGGUAUAGAGAUCGACCUCGACGCUGUGGACACGAACAUUGUCUUCUUCACAUUGGCAUCGGAUGCCAAGCUGGACGCAAUGACACUGGUGCAAAAACUUCAGGCUGAAAAAGGUUUACUCGUUGGUGGGUAUGCAGACGGAAACCGCGUGCGCGCAGUGACCAACUUGCACAUAUCGAGUCAGGAUGUUGACUAUGCAGUAUCAUCGAUCCGCGCGCUGCUCAGUUGA